CCACACGAGACCAACACAAAAAUGGUGAAGUUCACUCUUAUAUUUAGCAUUGCCUUCUCAAUAUGGUUCUUCUAUACAUGUCCCAAAUUCAUCUCAGCAGUAGACACCGAUAACUUGCAGGAUAUCUGCCCCACCAAUACGACCCGACAAACCGUCUUCAUCAACGGCUUUCCUUGCAAAAAUCCAUCCCUCAUAACUGCUUCUGAUUUCAAGAACUCACUGCUAAACCAUGCAGGUAACACAGACCACUUUCUUCGCUCGUCGGUCACCAUUGUGACUGCUUCUGAGUUUCCAGGACUAAACACUCUCGGGUUAUCGGUUGCGAGGACAGAUUUGGAUGUUGAUGGCCUGGUCUUGCCUCAUUCUCACCCGAGAGCAUCGGAGAUUCUCUUUGUCAGCACAGGAAAUGUGGUGGCUGGUUUUGUUGAUACUCAGAAACAUUUGUUUCAAAGGUUUCUUAGAAGAGGUGACGUGUUUGUGGUUCCAAGGGGUAUGCUACAUUACUCUUUGAAUUCUGGUUUUGACGUGGCUACUGUUUUCUCUGUGCUUAAUAGUCAGAAUCCUGGUAUGUUGAACAUUGCUGAUGCGUUGUUUGCGCCGAAUGAUUCGGAGGCGAUGGAGAUGCUGAAGAAGAGACUGAUCAAUCUGUCUAAAUUGGAGGUGGAUCAAGUUGGAAAUGUGACUUUCUUUGAGUUUUAGGCAGUUGAAGAUGAUGGUUUUAUUCAUGUUCUAAUAAGAAAAAAACCACUUAUGAUUUUAUUAAGGUUAAUUAUCAAGACAUAAGAAGAUAUGACUUUCAUUUGUUGAUUAUUAUGAAUUUUAAAAAAGC